CAGUGUAGCAAGCUCCGCCGGCCGCCCCACGCCCCACACCGCCUAUCCAACACCCUCGCAAUGGCUGCUGCAGGCAAAGCUUACCUGCUAGUGCUGGCGCUGCUGAUGGCGGUGGCAGUGCAGCAAAUGCAGGCGGCCCCGGCGGCGGCGGCGUCGCUGCGAUCGGGCGGCAGCGACUGGGAGGAGCAGCGGGUUCUGCAUCCGACCUGCGACCACGACCAGUUCAUGACCUUCAUGCGCCUCUCCUGCCAGUACCACCGGCGGCGGCGGGAGGUGCGGGGGGCGGCGGCGGCGGCGGCUGACGACGGCGGCGCGCGCGUGGCGCGCUCGCCCUCGCCCGAAGCCGACCUGUUUGCCAAGUGCUGCGAGCGCCCUUGCAACGUCGAGGACUUCGUGGGCGUCUGUCCCUAAGGCCCUGCUCUCGGCGGGCGCUGCGCUGGAAGGCAUGGCGAUGGUACCACCCGGGCGUUGAAAUGCUCGUUCCACAAGAACGGCCUUGAUAACAUCUAAGCUAACAGGCAUGCCAGGCCAUGCAAGGAGAUAGUUUGCAUUAGAUCCAAAAUCAUUCUCUCCUCUUUCCAGCGAAGCACUGUAAUGUAGACACCAUGUCGUCUGUGUCACCUCUCCAGAAACCAUCUUCCUCGCCGCCAUCGUCGAACCCACGCUGUCUCGUCUGAUGUAAACUGAAAACAAAGUCACCGUUCACAACGCUGAAAACCCUUCCAACAAGAGUUUGGGACCGAAAUCCACGCUUAACGAGACGCUAGUGCAUAAGCGGAUAGCAUUUCUCCAUAGAAAUGAUUUUCCUAUUCAUGCCUUCACCCGAACGAAUUAGCAAUUGCUACUGUAUGAACUUCCAUGUAUUCCCGGAACAUUACGCUACUUCAUGAUGUCAGAAUUUAUUUGUACUGCGGCCAUUGCAUGAACGUUUUGAUAUUAUUCCUAAAUCGUUUGUUCUCUUAUCACUACCUCUUGCAACUCUUUCUCUUCACACAAAAGAAUGAAAUCAAUCCUUGACGUCUAUUAUUUAUUAUUUUGUAAUUAUGAAGUGUCAAUGGCGUCUAAUGGAGGAUUGGACACUAGUCAAGUAGAAAUAAUAGUGUCGAAUACAAACUACGAACAUGUUUCAGAGGUUUUAAAAUCACUGAUGUGUAUAAAAAAUGUGUGUAUGGCUCUCAUACAUUGGUUAAUUAUGUGAUAUUCUGCUUUUAUUUAAUGUAAUGAUUUUCUCUUUAAAAGCGCAUUUCAUAUUUAUUGUGUUUUUUUUCUUCAACAUCGAAAGACAAAAGUAAAAAAAAAUUCUCCGGAAUGCAUUGAUUUGUGCAAUCUAAUGACUGCUUUCUCUAAUUUUUCAAAACAUCUUUUCUAACCAAAGCAAUAGAAAAUUUAAAAAAAUAUUGAAACAAUAAAUAGAAAGGAAAAACAGGUAUAUUGUGUUUAUUUGAUAUUAUAUUCCCUGUAGAAAAUGUUCUAGUAUCUGCAAAGAACUACUAAAGAGUCAGGGACCAGAAUUUCCUAACCUAUUCCAACAUUCUCUCCAUAUAGUUUAAUUUAUAUAACUUCCACAGAACAGUGUUGUUCACCGAGACCACGUCCAAUGCUUCAGUUUUGGAAGGCAAGGCUUACAGAGGGAGUGCCGCAACCGUUCGUCCAAAGUGACAAACUUGACUCAAAUAGUUUCUUUGUCUUCAGGCAAAUAAAUUGUGUUUUGUUAAUACACAAUUAAUAAUUGUGUUUUACUAAUGACCACAGACACCGCUGGGGGGGGGGAGCUCUUCAGUUCCUUCUUCCAAAAACAGUUGACAAAAAUUCUCUUAUAUAGUUUCUACUGUGUAUUACAAUAUACGUUUUAGUGUAGGGAUGAAAGGGGGCAUUUGAACACUUUCACUUCAUUAUUUUUAUUACUUACAUUUGAAGUCAAAAAUAGAUUUUCAUGACACAUUCACACAGAUUGUGCUUUACUAUACACAUGCAAUUAGUUUUACGUUUAUACUUCUUGGAAUGGGAAAGAAAAAAGGGCACUGAGUUCACAAGUACCCCAUCCUCGGGUACAUUUGAACUAUUACGGGGCACUUUUGAAUACUGAUAAAUAAAGUUGUCUAGGC